UAGUUUUGACUUAGUUUUUCUUUUCUAGAAAUCAUUUCCAUUGUAGGUUGUCAUGACGAUAGUUUUAGCCUUCAUUCUGGAGUUGUUUUUGUUCCGUAUUCAGUACAGAAGGAAACUCAAAUUGGAGGACAUAGAUGACCAUGCCAAGCAGACGGAGCAUGUGUAUAUCAGUGAUGAAGAGAAGAUGAUGUGUGAGAACCCGGACUACAAAUGGACCGGUCGAUACAUAGCUCUACAGAGAGAUUCCACAGAACUACAGACCCCCUACAUGUACAAGGGAGAGAGACACAGGAACAAAGAAGAUUUUAGUCUCAGAAUGUAUGGCGAUGAAGUCAAGAGUUGGUUGGAGGAGGAGCAGGAGAGUCGGGAGCAGACCAUUCACACGAUGACAGAACUACGGAGGCGGAGUCGACCUAACGCUGACCUCGAGGACCUGGACGAGGACGUCAUUCCCAGCUCCUCCUUCUCCAUCCCUGUAGCUGACAACGUCCAAGAGGCGGGGCUACAGACCUAAAGGGAUGGGACCACAAACCUAAAAGGGUGGAGCCACAAACCUGAAAGGGCGGGGGCCAAAACCCUUAUGGGGCGGGGCCACAAAUUUAGAUGAUUUCUAGGAGAGAAAUAAUUUCAAUGACAUUGAUAUGGGCCACAUCACAUGGUGGUCUCUGAUAUACUUUGAAUAUUUGAUGUUUAUUUAUUGAAGUUAAACCAAAGGCAAAGUUGCUCUACUGUCCCAGGAUGGGGAAAGUUUUAAUCAUCUGUUUUUCUGUGAUCAAGUUCUAAUUGUGCCAAAAAGUCUUUAAUACUGCCUCCUUAUGUUUCAUAUUCAGGAGGUAUUUUAGUGUGAGUGUGUAAAUAUUGAAUGCUUUGUAUUGAUCAAGAGAGAGAAGUUUUCUCAUAUUGAGAGGAAUAAGUUUAUGUCUGAAAAAAGAAAAAUUCAUGCCUUGUGUAAGUACAGUAUUCAAUCCUAUUUUAAGCCUGUGUUUUUAACCUAUUAACAGUAAUUCUGAACGAAAAUGGUCAUAUUUGAUACUA